AUGUCACGCGUUUUAAGGGAGCAACCCACAACAACAACAACAACAACAGAAGAAUCAUCAAUAGCAGCUUCUGAAGCAGCAAUUCUGGCUGCUCUUCAACAACAUCAAAGACGACAACGCCAAUAUACAACAAAAGCCCCAACUAAUAUAUUUGUUGAUAAAGAUGGGAAAUCGAUGUUAUUUCAUUUUCCUGAUAAUUUAAAAGCAUCAGAUCGAGAUUUUUAUCGUGCAUUAAUUAUUGAACAUGGAGGUGUCAUUACUUCAAAUCCUACCCCAACUACCAUUUAUUUAAAUAAUGAUCCAGCAGCUGGUGGGCCAGGUAGCGUGAAGUUUGCAUAUAUCGAUGAUUGUGUUGCGAAAAAACGUCUACUUUCUCGAGAUGGAUAUACGUCCACAGUUGGUGCUUCCGCUGUUGCUACUUCAAGAUCCGGCUCUAGUGGCAACUCAACCUCCAAUAGCAGUAGUCCGAGUCGGAGGGGACAUACUCCAUUCACACCGGAAAAAGACGAAUUCAUACUUGAGCAAGUGAGAUUAAAUCCACGAUAUCGUAAUUCUCAUGUAUUCUUCGCCGAACUUGCCAAAAAUCCCAUUCUUAAGGGACACACAGGAAAUUCGAUCCGAUCAAGAUUUAGAAAACGAUUAGAAUCAGAAUUGCAAUUCGUAUAUAAAGUAGACUCCAAACAGAAGCCCAUAAAACACCCGGAAACAGGUCAAUAUAUCAAAAUUGGCGUGAAUGAAUCUCCAAAAACCCUUUUGUCGAAGUAUACACCCAAAGAUGAUUAUUGUUUAUGUAAAGCUGCUAAAAAAUAUCUACUUGCCAGUGGAUAUGAAAUUGAUUUUGAUGAACCUUUGAUAUUACCGAAUGCAUUCUUUAGGGCUAUGGAAAGGAAAUGGUCUCAUCAUAGUUGGAGUUCUUGGAGAGAUAGAUAUAAGAAACGGGUAAAACCAGGAAUGAUACCUAUAUAUAUUGCAUAUGUUAAGGAGUGUAAUGAGGUGGGGGAGGAACCAAAGACAUUGUUGGAGUUUGGUAAACCCGAUGCUGGGUCUGCCGAUGAAGUAGCGGGUAAAGAAACAACUAUUGAACAGACAUCAGUCGAAGAAGAUACAAAUGGAAAUGGAAAUGGAAACGCACAAGAACCAAAUUCUGAACCUAUUGAGCAACAGGAUGAAGAAAUGCAAGAAGCUACUGAAGCUACGGUUGAUACUUCAAAGAGUGACAAAAUUGAAGUCCCGACAUUAUUUUAUCCUGAAUCUGAAGAAGAAGACGAAGAUGAAGAAAUGGUGGAUGCCAGUGAAGAACUUGCGGUAGAAGGUCAAACAGAAGAACAAGUCGCUCAAGGGGGAGAAGAAAACAUCGUUGAAAAAGAGGCAGAAGAAAGCAUCGUUGAAAAGGAGGGAGAAGUACCCAUUGAAGAAAACGCUGAACAUGAGGCGGAGGAAGAUGUAUUCGAAACUGUCGAACGAGACGCCGACGAAGAUGUAUUCGAAACUGUCCCAGCUACGCUUGGGCAAGACGCUGAAGAAGAUUUUGACCAAGAAGUGUUCGAAACAGUCCCAGCUACGCUCGGAAAAGAUGAGGAGAUGGAUGAUGCAGCCCAAGAAUGGAUGGAGGAAGUUCUUGAAGAAGAAGAUCAAGGAGAAGCAGUUGCCCAACAAACUGAAGUAUCAGAAAAGGCUGGAACGGUUGAAGCAAAUGAUGAAGAGGAAUCAGAACAAUUUUUUGAUGUUGCGCAAUCCCAACCAGCACGGAAUGAUGAAGAGGGAUCACAACAAUUUCAUGAUGUUGCCCAAUCCCAACCGGCCCAAAUUGAUAAAAGUCCAACCCGACAAGCAGAAGAACAACAAGAAUUAUCACAAAUUCUGAUAGUUGAAGAAAAUUCCCAAGCUCGUAUUGAUAUCCAAUAUGUUAAUGAGUCAGUCACAGCAGAAGACUUAUUUACAGGAGAUAUGCAUGAAAUUAUGGAUAAAGGUACGAUUUAUUCCCGAACCAAAGCCGCAUUAUCCCAAAACACCGAAGCUAUCGAAAUAUAUGAUAGUUUAAGCAAGUUGGGAUUUACUGAAGUGUUUAUUUCUCAUAUUUUAAUGGCCACAAGUGCUGAUAUUGCCCUCAUACCCAUAUAUUGUCAUGCAGUUGCCGAGAAUAUCGAAAUUUAUUCCAGUGGUAACAUGACGGCGAUUCCUAUUUCGCGAUUAUUGGAAAUUGAUGAUACAUCUGGUCUUUGGACACUUAUGCAAGAUUUGAGAUUAUUUACAGAAAGAGAAUCGGAAUUAUUGGAACAUCAUAGUAAAAAAAAUAUAAAAGACCGAAAAGAGUUUUUGAAAAGUAUUGGAAUUAUUGAUCUGGAUGUACCAGUGAAAGAUAUAGAAGAAGAUAUAUCUGCUUCGCAAGAUGUAGCGUCUUCUCAAACACCAGUUAAGUUGGAAUAUGCGCAAGAACCAUUCGAGCUGGAUGAUUUUUUCGAUGUCGAUAUCGAGAAUUUGGUUGAUGAAGGGUUUCUUGAGAUGACAGUCGCCGGUGCAUUAUCACGAGUACAAGAUGUAAUUCAAAUCUUUGUCAAUUUGGAGAAAUUGGGAUUUAAAGAAAAAUUCAUUUCUCAUCUUAUAUUCGCAACUAAUGCAGAUAUUGCGCGCAUUCCAAAACUUUGUCAGCGAAUAGCGACUAGAAUGUGCGAAGAUUUGUUACAAGAUAUUAAUUGUAAAUUUCGCCUUCAUUUUGAGGAUAUGCCGGGUGUAUGGUCACCUUCUCAGGAUGCGAAAUUGAAUACUCCACGGGAGGAUGAGUUAUUGGAGGUUCAUUCCAGAAGAGGUAUAAAUUCUCGAAAAGAGUUCUUAGAAGGUCUUGGCUAUCUUUAG